AGGAAGAUGGGUUUCGAGAAAGCAAUUAUCAUUGACGGCAGGAAUCACUUAUUGGGCCGAUUAGCUUCUACAAUUGCUAAAACAAUUUUAAGCGGUCAAAGAGUUGUAGUAGUACGAUGUGAAGAGUUGAACAUUAGCGGUGGCUUCUACAGAAAUAAAUUGAAGUAUCUGGAUUUUCUGAGAAAGCGUUGUAACGUCAAUCCUAGAAGAGGCCCAUUCCAUUUCAGAGCACCUAGUCGUAUCUUGUGGAGAACCGUACGAGGUAUGGUUCCUCACAAAACGAAAAGAGGUGAAGAAGCUCUCAACAGAUUGAAAACAUUUGAAGGCAUUCCAGCUCCUUACGAUAAAAUGAAGCGUUUGGUUGUUCCUGCUGCUCUGAGAGUAGUCCAACUUAAGCCACGUCGUAAAUUUACCGUAGUCGGUAAGUUAUCGAGUGAAGUUGGUUGGAAAUAUAAUGAUAUAAUAUCAACUUUGGAGGAAAAACGAAAGGCUAAGGCAAAAGCCUUCUAUGAAAAUAAACGAAGAUUACAGAAAUUCAAAAGGGAAGCUGAAGCUGAUAAAGCUGAUCAAUUGAAAUCAGUAAAUGAAACGCUAGCAGCUCUUGGUCACAACUAAAUUUACUGUACAUCGUUUGUUAAUAAACGGCUCUAUCUCGGGUCAAAUUGAUAAAAA